UAGUCAAUUUGAAAUCUUCACCUUUCACGAAAAUAUCUGUAAUUGUUUGUAUAAGUUUUCUAAAAUAAAAAAUUGACCAAAGCAAGUUUACUCAUGCGCUUCUACUAUUAUCAUAAUAUAUAAAUAUAGCGAGAGAGACAGAGAAACAUUGAAACCCAACAUUUUUUUCUGAAGUCAGUGUCACGUGUUGUGUCAAAGUAAACGAAACCAAGAAGUUGUUUAGAAGCUCUCUGGAGUUAUCCAAUACACAGAGAGAAAAAGGCAAAAUGGCAUCUGGUGGCGAGAUUGACGAUGUCUGUGAAGUAUUUAGAAAUUUCAAUAUUCUCAAUUCAAAAGACAAACCCCCAAAUAAAAUGACCAGUAAAGCAUGGGGUAAAAUGGUUCAGGACUGUAUAGGGAAGGACACAACUAUUAGACAGAGAAUGGAUAGCAGUGUGUUUCCAUACGUCCAAGAUAAAACAACAAAAGCACUUGAUCUAACCGAUAAAGCCAAAGUCAAUAAAGUCCUCGAUAAGAUGGCUGAAGUUUAUAAGGAAUGUAAGCCCAAGGAAGAAAAAGACACACCAGUGGCUGAAGUCCGACAAAAACUUGUGAAGAGAAUACUUGAUCAAAAAAAUCCUGAUGUGCAUUCUACGAAAAUUUCUAAGACUGGGAAUGUUAGUGGAUUGACAGAUACAUCAAAAUACACAGGGGCUCACAAGGAGAGGUUCGAUGAAUUUGGCAAAGGAAAGGGUAUCGAUGGAAGAGAGUAUCGAUAUGAAGAAACAGGUUACGUCACAGGAUACAAAGGAGACGGUUCAAAACAAUAAUGACCACACAUACAAUGCAAAUAAUGUACUUUAAUACACUGCAGCAGAGAUAUAUAUAUAUCGUAUGACUAUCUCUUAUUUUUGUCAGGCAACGCGUAAUAUUAUUGACAAAAUAAAUAUUUAAUACGAUUUUCUUUUCGAUUAAAAAAAAAAUAAGUGAAUGGUACGUUUAAACGCCGAAUCUAUUUUAUAAAUACAAAAAACAAUGAAAGACCGAAUAUGGGCGGCCAAUAUUUCAGCCUUAAAAGAUGUUUGUCAAGGGAUGUUGUAAACACACCAGUAGAUG